UAUAUGCCUUUGGUACCCCAGUACAAAACACUGAUGACCCAGAAGAUCCAGAAACCUGCAAACAAACAUUGAGGGCGGAUACUUUGCAAAAUGAAAAGGCUGCAAGCCAUGCACUUGGAGGCAGCGUGAUGCUGGAACACUUGAAGAGUGAGAUCUCUUGUUUGCAAAGCAUCCAGAUAGACAACAUGAAGGAGAUUGCAGAGAAAGACCUCAGCAUCACCAAACUGCAAGCCAGCGUUUUGCUGUUGCAACAAGAGGGCGUCGACACCCGUGCUCAGCUAAAGCAGCGAGAAGUGACCGUAAAGCACCUGGACCAGGACUUGGUUGCUCUGCGAGACACGCUGGAGUCUCUGAGGAGAACCUUGGCGCAGAAGGAGAAACGCACACAGCAGCUGCUCGAAGACAACGCCCACCUUAAAGACGUCCUGACCAAUCAGCAGAGCCAAUUGCAGACAGUGAGCGACGUUAGCGCGGCCCUGGAUCGCGCCAACGUCAGUCUGCAUGCGGAGAGGAAGCAGAUCCAGGAUCAGUCUGAUCACGCGAGCAAAGAGGCGGAGCGUCUGCAGCAGGAACUCACCUGUGUGCGCUGCAAUGCUGAGAAGAAGAUUCAAAAAAGGGAGAUAAGGAUUUGUGCACUUGUUACGGAGCUUACUGAGAAGAAGAAGAGGCUCGCUGACUACAAGGAAAAGAAGCAACGUGAGGAGCAGGAUGAUCUCAGAGCCAAAAUGGAGGACAUGAGCCGACAGUGUGUUCACCUCAAUCACACCAGAGACAAACUCGAGGCCGACUCUGUUCUGAGCCGUGAAAAACUGCAAACAUGUCACUUGGAGGUGCAAAGCAGAGAUCAGCUAAUUCUUCAGCUGAGAUCGGAAAUGAGGACCACAGCAAAGAAGCAUCGGGAGGAGCAGCAGCAGUUGGCAGCCUCAGAGGAGAAGUCACAAGAGCAGCAAAUAGAGCUGGAGCUCCUCCGCCAGCAGGUGGAAGGAGCCAGGGAGGAAUUAAGAGAAGCCCGUUUGCGGGCAGAGGAGCCAAAAGAAACGGCUGCCAUUUUUAAAUGCAAGUACACCGCCGCAAUGGAGAAGGUACACAAGGUUCAAGGGCAGGUGGAACAUCUGAAGGAGGAGCUGCAGUAUUCCCAGCAACAGCUGAAGGAGUCCCAACUUGCAACUCAUUCAGUGGAAGAAGAGAUUUCGGAGCUAAAGCGGCGCCACCAAGAAAAGGUCGGCCAAUGGGAGAGCUCACAGGAGGCGCUGGACCAGUUGACGGACGAGCUCCAGGUCAGUCACAACCUGCUGACGGAGAGCCAGCAGAAGGCCGAGCACUUCAGGAGCCUCGCGUGUGGCCUGCAGGAGCAAGUGGACGUGGUCAAGCAGCAGAAAGUCGUGUUGGAGUGUGACCUGCGACUUUAUCAGCGGAGUCACUCCCACGCUGACGAGGACUACCGCAGCUUGCAAAGUAGCGCUCAGAAGCUGCAGAAGCGCUGCAGUGAGCAGGUGGAGCGCCUCGUGGAGUGUGAAAAGGUUAUUCUACAGAUGAAAUCAGAGCUGGAGAGACAAAACCAGGAACAGGCGAGUUUGAAGCAAAGUCUCGUCGCAUCGUGCCGCGCGCACCUUAACAGGCGCGGACAGCUGGAACAGGAAGUGGAGCUUCGGAAAGAGGAAGUCGCACGCUUACAGCUUGAGCUUGCUGACAGCCAAGAGGUGCACAUCACUCUCCUCCGGCAGUCAGCGGAGGAGCUCCAGGAAGCCAGGCAGGAAAGGGCGGACAGGAGCAGGGAGGCGGAAGCUCACAGGGAGGAAGUACAGCGAAUGGAGGAGGAAUCCCAAGAACGGGAGGAAAAGCUGAAGAGCACUCAGAGAGAGAAGCAGAGUCUGAGCAGUCGUGUCAAGAAGCUGAGUCAAGAUCUUGAGGAGCUGCAUUGCAAACAUCAGAGCACAGUGGAGGAGCUGGCAGCCCGCUCAGAGGAGGCAAAGUGCAUGACGGCGUGUCUGAGUGAGGGGAAGCAAGCACAGAACAAACUAAGCAACAUUGCUCUGCAGCUGGAGGUGCAGAUUGCAGAACUCAAGAGGAACCUUGACCUGGCUAAAAAGGACAAAAAGGAUGCUGAAGCUAAGGUGGACACAUUGCAGUCCAAGCUGGCGGCGUCCUGUUCCGACAAUGCCAGCAUUCGACACGAGAGCCAGUUAAUGGUCUCAAAUCUCAAACAAUGGAUCACCGAGCAAAAAGUUUCCCAUGAGAACCUUGCAGAGCAGAUGAAGACCCAAAGCAAAGCGCUGCUUAAUGCCACUGAAAAUAAAAGGCACCUUCAGGAGGCUAAUGACACGUUGAAGGCGGAGGUGAAGCAACUGAAAGAGGUGGCAGAGGGGCGGGAGAGAGAGAUGGGACGCAUCAAGGAACAACUGAAGGACCUGUGUGCACUGCAGGAUGGUACAACACUGGAAAAAGAGACUCGUGUGGCCUUGAAUUUGGGCAUACUGGCCGACAUGCAGACCAAGUUGCAGCACAACAUGGACGCCGUCGGACUGCUGAAUCAACAAUUAACUGCCCUCAGUGAGGAGAACAAGCGUUUGCGUCGGCAGCUAGCAGAGGAGAAUUCCAAAGGCCGACAACCUCCAUCGGCCACACCAUUCCCCGAUGCACACUGGCUGCAUCUAAGACCCUAAGAGAUCAAUUUGGAUCUGCAGACUCACAGGGCUGUGAUCUGAGAUGACUCUACUGUGGUACUCAGGAUUACUGACAUUGGACAGGGCAGAGGCUUCCACUAAAAAGUAAUCGAUUCUCGUGUAAGAAUUGUGUACAGUGGAGUAAAAUGAAUACUCCCUUUUAUUAGGAUGUUUUGUUCUCCACAUGUCUAUGAUAUUUCUUGAUCUCAUAAGAUUAUUAAUGGUUUUAGUUGAAUCAGCAAUUACAUGAGAUUUAGUUGACAAUCUAUCUAAAGUGGGAUCCAAAAGGCAGUUAAAAUCACCACCAAUGUAGAUGUGAGAGGAGCUAUCAUCAGGAAGUAGACCAAAGACUCUAUAAUAAAAGUUUGAGUCAUCAGUAUUUGGUCCAUAGAUAUUCAAAAAAGUUACUGGGUAGGAUGUAAUAUGACCAUUUAAUACAAUAAAUCUUCUGUUAGGGUCAAUUAUUUUUGAUGUAAGUAUGAAAGGCACAUUUUUAUGAAAUAAAAUGGCUACACCUCUAGCUUGUGAAGUAGAGGUUGCAUGAUAAACCUGAGAUAUCGAGCUAGCUUUAAGUUUGUGUUGAUUGUCUUUACAGGGAUGUGUUUCUUGUAAGAAUAAAACAUCUGCUUUUAAUGCAUUUCAGUGUGAAAAAACCUUCCCUGCUUUAAUAUUUUUGGCUAAUCCCCUGACGUUCAAUGAAACUAGUGUGAUUUUUUUCUUACAAGUUGACAUUAAAGUUUUUAGGGUAUUUUAUCUUUACAUGAAAAAAAACCUUAGUAAUUGGUAAGUUGAAAUAUGAUUGUGCACCUCUCUCGUCCACAUUCAUGUUCAGAUUUAGACAUACACGACACUCACACCCCAUUGUUCCCCCUUCCCUCUGUCCCCAUUGUGUGUAGUUCAAUGUUUUGGAGUGAAAUCUCCAUUGUGAUGAUGUCCAUAAGACGUCGUGUUGGUCGAUUCCCCAGUCCAAAAGUGCCCCUUUGGUAAGCUAUGAAGCCGCACCGCUUGAUGGAUUGUACUGUGCUUCAACAUACGAGUAUUAUUAUGGUGUGUGUAUAAGGUAAGACAUAUUAUCUGGCGUUUUGUUUCGCAAUAUUAUACAAAAACAACUUUUCUUACCUUCUGGUACCUGCUGAUCUGUAUUUGGGAUCUGCAUAAGUUCUGAAAAAUUGUGUGCGUCCGCCUUUGUAGUCUGUGCCGAUACCGUAUCUUCUUGUUAUGAAUAGAAUAGAAUAGAAUAGAAAGUACAUUAUUGAUCCCUGGGGGAAAUUCAGCACCACAGUUUGCUUACAAUAGACAAUACACAUUUAGAUAUUUUUACAUGUGAAUAAUAUAAAUACAGUCUAUUAUACAGCAUUAUUCACAUGUGAAUAAUAUGUGGGACAUUUGGGACAUUCAUCCUCCGCUGUUGCCUUUUAUAAUAUAGUGUAAAGUUUUUACUUAUAUGUCAGUAACCUCGCCAUGAAAGCGCUAAAACAUACGUAGUGCGUUUACAUUAUUCACCCAAGGAACUUUAGUUAUUAUUGAUUUCCGGUCGGACAGUUUUUCACGGUACACAUUUCCUGUGUUGUUGUUUCCUGAUGAGGAGAUGCUGCUUCGUUAUUGAUUUAAAUAAAGUCUGAAUGU